UGAGCGGUUGUUAUUGAGCAUCUCGGUCCAGUCCAGCUGUUCUCAUCCGGACACCCAUGAGACUCAGGCAGGCACCGUAAAAGCUUUACAGUGGGCUAGAAGGCUAUCUACAGAACUUCUGAUGGUGACGACUCUCGGCGAUGCAAUUGUAGGAUUGUAAACAGUGGGCUUUUAGACAGUGUCCUUAAAUGGAUGGAGACGUCAUGGACCUCUCGGUACACAAUAACAUUUGGAAAGUUUCACAAAAUGCCCUCUCGGUACUCAGAGGACUCUAAUCUAGGCGGCAAUUCUGCCACACAUUUUUAGAUUUCGAUUUUUUAAAUGAUUCCAUUGUGCCACAGAGAUAAUGACUGAUUUCAGCCCGUGCAUAAAUUAGCCUAAUUAUUGUACGAGCUACUGCGUGGAGACAAGUUAAUGUUUCACUUCUGAGUUCUUAGAUUUUUUGGUGGGGGGGCAACGCGAACUGGAAAUGGGAGCGUGCCUUUGCUGUGCCUUGUAAAUUUUUACAGCCUGGUGCCAAGGGACAACAACAACAACAUGGGUAGCGGUAGUAGUCGAGGAAAGAAGGUUGCUCCUGCCAGUGUCAACGAGAUAAACUCAUUCAGAAGAGAUGACAACACAGUCCACGUUUUGAAAGAGGAAAGACACUUGUUCAAACCAUUGAAAAUAACAAAAUCUACGAAUUCAAGUCAGUCACGAAAUAGAGCGCAACAAGACUGCCACAGUGAAGGACACGAUUCUGAAUUUUCCGUAGAGGAUGAUGACAUUGAUGUGGAACUGAAUCAAGUUCUACAGGAAUAUGACAAUCGGGAAUUGCGUUCCAAGAGGAAAACGUAUCAAACGAAACCUUUCAUAAGGUCUAAUACAUAUGGGUUAUGUUAUUCCAGUCGAGUCCACAAUGAAAGCGUUUUCAAUUCAACCCCUCACUGGCAGAGUUCUGAAUUGUCGGAGGGGCCUGGGGCAUGUUGUCCAGAUAACGGUUCUGUUGGAGUCAAGGACAAGAAAGGCACCCCGGUCUUCAACCAGUUUUGCAAAAAUACACAGAUUCAGUUCUCAAGCAGAACUCAGGAAAAUGACUUGUUGACAACGGGGUCAGCUUGUGUGGAGUCAGUGCCUCGAGCAGAAACAGACUCAGUCCUGGACGAUGGCAAUGGUCCCUCUCUCUCCAUGCCUGUCAUUCUGUAUGAUGGAUCAGAAGUGGACCUGAUGGAGACCAUAGAGAGGGAGUUUAGUUGACCUCACAGGAGAGACUAAAAUAGCAGGAUAACUUUUCAACCAAAUAUUUGUUUUUUGAAUGAAUGGUGAAGGUGCAUAAUGAUGGAGGAAUUCAGAUAUGAUGCUAUUGUUUUAGCACUACCCACAAUUUUUUUUAAGGAACUGGCCAGUGUUUCCAGAUUUAUAUGAAAUAGGACCUAUAAUUAACUACAAUAUGAAUUUAAUAAUUUUCCCCCAAAAAAAUGGCAAUUAAGUAUGUUAAAAAGCAGUUUUUCUGUGUUGAAAUGGUGUGGGUGUACUCUAACAACAGAAUGGUGUGGGCGUACUCCAACAACAGAAUGGUGUGGGCGUACUCUAACAACAGAAUGGUGUGGGCAUACUCCA